AUGUCGCAGGAGACGAAGCAGAUCAAAUGGAAGUGCGGAGCGUAUGGAGGGGUCGACUUUGAGUGUCUUAUAAACGAGCCGGAGAAUAACGUUCCGGACACAGGGAGCCAUCUGGAUUCCAACAACGGCGAAUAUAGCUCCAACACCAAUGAGCAUUCCAAGCACGCAGUCAAGAUCCGUCCUCUCUCUAUUGACUGGGACAGAUUCGACAAGAUAGUGCGCGACUAUCUUGUUUCGCAUGCCUGGAUUAGCGAAAACGAUGUGGAGGAAUUGUUCAAGAUUCUGAGGGCGAAAUUCGGGUACCCGGACCAUACUAUCUUGGCAAGGAUCUUCGAAACUCAGGGCAAACGGAGACUCUCCGAACAAGGACACCUUGAGCUCGAAGGAGGGAAAUGGAGACCGGCGUGA